CGCGAGAUUCGUCGCGUGACGCACGCGCAGCAGCGUUUCGAGCUCGCGACUUUCUGCUGCUAAGUCUACUUGGACAUUUUUUGCAGCUUUCGUGAAAAUAUUUAUCACCUAAAAAUGGCUGCUAUCGCUCGCACCCUCAGGCCAUUCUUGAGAUGCACUCGCUCUCAAAAAAGAUUCUAUGCAGAUGCACCCGCUGGUGAUCAAAUGAAAUUCACGUUUGCUGGGGCAAACCAAGUAUUUUAUGAUCAAGCUGCUGUCAAGCAAGUUGAUGUACCCAGCUUCUCUGGUUCUUUUGGUAUUUUGCCUAAGCAUGUGCCCACCCUUGCUGUGUUGAAACCUGGAGUAGUCACAGUUUACGAACAAAAUGGAGACACAAAAAAAAUAUUUGUCUCAUCUGGAACAGUUACCAUUAAUGAGGAUUCUAGUGUGCAGGUCCUCGCUGAAGAAGCACACCCAUUAGAGUCAUUAGAUCGCUCUGCUGCUCAAGAUAUCCUCAGCAAAGCACAAUCUCAACUAAAUUCAGCAUCGUCUGAAAAAGACAAAGCUGAAGCUGCCAUCGCUGUUGAAGUUGCUGAGGCUAUAGUUCAAGCUACAGCAUAGAUUCUUAUUGUUGUACAUUAAUUAUAUUAAUUAUAAAAAUGAAAGAAAAUUAAAUUACAAAAAUGAUUAGUUCAUUAAA